CAAUGGUUUUAGAAACAAUUGCCCGCCCCAUGGAACCGCCUCGCUAAACAGCUUUUGCAAUUCGAAGUGUUAUUAAAUUCCCUUUACGAGGAAAUUCAGACGUCAUCGGUCCACCAAUUAUCUAGAAUCAAAACUGCUUUAGCAAAUAUAAAUGAAUUUAAAAGAAACAGCAAAGCAGACGUACAGUCUCGGCAACAGCGCUACUUCCAAAUCCAAAUCCAAAUCCACCCAAUAUAGACAUCACAAAACCAAACCUCCCUCGUUUUGAACCCUUGACCUGCAAUUCCACACCAAUUUCGGAUCUGUAAAAAACCACAUAUUUCUGUACAUAUCAACAAAAUGAUGGCGCGAGGGAGCCUUUGCGUCACUCGAUUGCUGCGUGGUCAUUUGCUGGAUAAAUCUCCUGAAGUAGGGCAAAUAAACCACGAGUCAGGGCAAAAGUGUUUUGAAUUAGGGCAAAGUUCAAGAGCAGGUAGUGUAAGGCACAAGUCAGGAUCUUCGAGGAGGAGGAACAGGCGGGGGGAGUUGAUAGAGGUGCACCUCGAGGGCGGUGAGAUGGAGGCCUUUGCCGUGAAGACACUGGAGGAGACAAUUCAUAAAAUGGCCGUGAAAAGAGCGGCCCCUGUGUGGCUUCCUUUUCGCCCCGGGAUGUCUUAUUGGGUGCCCCCGCCUGCCAAGCUGGGGGAUAUUAUUGAAGUCGCAAUUAAUAGUAAAUUGUCUCACGAGGAUCUGCAAUUGUUUUCAACGGCAAAGCGCGGAUGGCCUUCCACGGCCUAUUACAUCCAAGAUGAGUCUUCUCAAACAGUGGAGACAAUUGCAGAUACAAAUGAAAAAUCUGAAGAAGAAGAAGAAGGUUGAAUAUUUAUAUGCUCAAUUUACUGGUCAAAGCAAGAGGAAGGUAUUUUCGACAACUUUGUUUAUAGAUGACACAGCCUGCAACAUGCUGUCUACAGGCUGGUCACCUUUGCGAUCCAUUCCUCUUGGAGUUGUCAUCAUUAACGCUUUAAAGAUGGAUUCAGUGCCCUUUAAUUGCUGAAUUGGCAAUGCGUGACAGUAUUUUCUUACAGCAUCACAAUAUCUGAUACAAUGUAAAGAAAAUGUCCUUGUUAAACCAUUGGUUUGUUUUGUACAAAUUUAUAACUUCCUAAUUCAUUGUCAUAGAUAAUCAAUGUGGACAUUGUUUAUAGAAUGUAUUGUUUACA